GUGGAACGGGCAAUUCCGAACUGACGGUUAGCAGCAGGCGGAUGAGAAGCUGACUGCAGCUUCGUGACACUGCUGGACGCUGAUGUGAAACCGAACAGUUUUAAGGAUGUCUGAGGGCUUCCUGAUGGAGGUAUGUGUGGAUUCCGUUGAGUCAGCGAUAAACGCAGAAAGGGGAGGUGCUGGCCGUAUUGAGCUGUGCUCCAGCCUGCUGGAAGGUGGCAUCACACCCAGUGUUGGUCUGCUGCAGGUGGUUAAAGAGAAUGUACAGAUCCCUGUUUACGUGAUGAUCCGGCCCCGUGGGGGAGACUUCCUCUACACAGACCGGGAGGUGGAGGUGAUGAGGAGGGACAUUGAGCUGAUGAAGAUCCACAGGGCUGAUGGCCUGGUGCUGGGGGCGCUGACGGAAGACGGACGGGUGGAUGCUGAGCUCUGCAUGGAGCUGCUGGCUGUUUGUCGACCUCUCCCUGUUACUUUUCACAGAGCUUUUGAUAUGGUCCACGACCCCUCGGUUGCCUUAGAAACGCUGGUCUCCCUGGGCUUUGAGAGGAUUUUGACCAGCGGCUGCGACAGCUCUGCGUUGGAGGGCUUACCUCUCAUCAAACGCCUUGUGGAACAGGCAAAAGGCAGAAUUAUUAUAAUGCCAGGAGGGGGCAUCACUGAGCGCAACCUCCAGAGGAUUCUGGAAGGCUCCGGUGCCCAGGAGUUCCACUGCUCCGCACGCUCGGGCAAAGACUCCGCCAUGAAAUUCAGGAACUCCAGCGUGAACAUGGGAGCGUCCCUCUCGGCACCCGAGUACUCGCUGAAGGUGGCCGACGUGGCUAAAGUGCGCACUCUGAAUGCCAUCGCCAAGAACACUCUCUAGGGGCACCGUGGGCCGAGCUUUGGAAGGGAGCAGGUCCUCCUUGAGUUGGAGCAGGUCCCUGUGUCCACCACACCACACUCACUGAUAAAGAACGAUGCUGGCUUGGAGUUAAAGAUAGUUCUAUUUUUGAUGUUUACAAACCUCAACAAUUUUUUUAUGCUUCCUAUGCUUCAUUUGCUUUAAUUUCCCUCGGACAGUAAAGACCUGGGGCAGAACGUCCCUGUAUGUGCAUUUCUGUUUGAAUUCCAUCCGACUGCAGGCUUCAGCGCUUAAGUGCGAUUUGUUGUUCUUCUUUAUCUGAUUAGAUUGGCUUGCUUAGACCAGCUGUCAGUGUGUGGCCAUUUGCUGAAAUAGUGUUCUUGCCUGAUUAUGCUCCAAAUUGAAAAAAAAAAAGCCUGGGUGAGUCUUCAAGGAAAUUACUACACUGUGGAGAAGAAUCUGGAUUCUCUAAUUGCAGCUUUAUUCAGUCUUGACUUCUAGUUUUAUUCAGUCAGUCGCCACCACACCUGUGCUUUUUGUUCCUGGAAUUAAACAGUUCAACUGGUUUCGAGCAUGUUUAUUAUCGCUGUUGUUCACAUCAUCUAGUGACAUAUUGUAGGCCAUCCUAUAUUUGUGUGUGAUAAUAAUUAACCACAAACUGUGACAGAGAGCAGACAGCAGUGAGUAAACAACUUUGCUGUUGA